GGCGUCCACGGUAUUGAGGUAUUGUGCUGAACCGAGUUCGGGUGCUUGUCCUGCUCCUGUCACAGUCUCUUUCCCCGCACCCCGGGAUCACGUCCAUACUGUGGCCGACUGGGAGGAGCCGAGCGGGGCUUCUCGCUGCAAGCGUAGUCACCAGAGCCUGUCAAUGGCGGCUCUCGGGCUUUGCCUUUGCCUUUGGUUUCUUAGUCAAAACCGUCUUCCUCUUUUUGCUUCGAUUGUUGACGUUACCUUUCAAGGGUUGAAAAGCGACAAGUAAAACACCUAACGGCAUCAUUUUCUAGCCGAUUCUAAAUCCAAACGGAGACAAAAUGGAUGGUAGAAAGAGUAACUUUCCGUGCAAUUCGUACUGUUCCGCCCAGGGUCGGAAUGCUUGCGGUGUCAGUGUUAGACCUUUUGAAAUAAUGGUUUCCUUAAUUUUAUUUUUUCUUUUCCGAGACACGGUUUCUCUGUUGUAGCCCUGGCUGACUCGGAACUCGAUCUGUAGAAUGGUUGGCCUCGAACUUAGAGAUCUGCCUCCCUCCAUAUUCCAAGUGAUAGGAUUAAAGGCGUGCGACAUCAUGCCGGGCCAGCAGCUUCAUACUGUAGUGGAUUAUGUUGAGAGUAAUUUUUCUUUGUGAUCUGGGAAAAAAAUUCAUCGUAGCUCAAAAUUUCUGUUGGGAGAUAGUUUUAGUGACUUAAAAUUUGUUGACUACAACUUAGUUUUGGCUUGGAAAAGGUGUAUUUGCCCUAGUGAGAUGUUUGUGGUGUCGUUAUUAACUUGUUCGGACUAAGUAGAUAGAACUAAGUAUCAACAUUAGUUUUUACUUAUAUAUAAUAGCUAAGCCUUUAUUGAACUUUAGAAAACUACUCCUGGUUGGUGGAAUUGAUAGACUGAAUUGUUUUGUUACAAGAUAAAAUGACAAUAGAAAUGAAAUUCCCAAAUCAGAUAUGCUUUCUAGUACCUAUAGGGCUGCAGUUUUCUCUUGUUUUUAACUUUUAAAAAUUCUGUGUGUAAGCAGUAGCUAUUGUUUCCAAGCAUUUAACUCUUUCUGUAUGGCUCUAAAUAUUCUACACUGGACUACCUUUUGAUUAUUUCCACCUUUAUAAGCAAUAAUAUGAGCUAAUACCUUGAGCAUUCUACUAAUGGAGUACAGCUUUAAGAGUUUUAUAUUUAUUUGUCUGCAUCACAACCUUAUAUAUUAUUAUCAUUACUUUUUGUAAUAAACAAGCCCCACAUUUUUGAGAAGAUAGUUUUUGCUGUUUCCUGUCUUUCAUUUUGAAAACGUGUCGAAGUGAGCGUCAAAUAGAAGUUGAUUCCAGUGUGGCUCCAGUCUUAAUGAGCUCCUUGUAAUUUAUGUACUUUAAAAUAUUCCUAUUUAUUUAUGUGUAUGUGUUCAUGCCUCUUUCUGUGUGCUUGCCACAUGUAUAUGGGUGCCAACAGAGGCCAGUAAAAGGACUCGGAUCCCAUGGAGCUGGUUGUGAGCUGCCUAAACUGGCUGCUGGAAACCAAACUUGGGUUCUCUGGAUGGUGAACAAGUGCUCUUAAAUGCUGAGCCAUCUCUCCAACCUUGUAAUUUAUAUAAUUUUGUUGCUAGACUUUUGUAUAUGUAUAUGUAUUUUUUGUAUAUGUGUGGUGUUUGUGCAUGUGUGUAGAGGUUGGAAGAUGCUGUUUUUUUUCCAUCACUCUCCACUUUGUUUUUUGAGGUAGGGUUUCUCAUUGAAAUUGGGACUCACUGUCUUCAGCCAGUCCACCUAGGCUGCUAGGAGAUUCCAUGUUUUGGCACCCUCCACACACAGGAGAUCUGGAUUCCAGUCUUCAAGCUUUCAAGAUUGGUGGUGUGUGCUUGUGCAUGUUCAUGUUUGUGUGCGUGUGUGUGUGUGUGUGUGUGUGUGUGUGUGUGUGUGCACAUACACCUUAUCCACUUAGCCAUUUAACUCCUGUGAUGUACUUUUAGAGGCUGGUACACUUAGGAAAGGAAGCUUAAUAUGUUCUCAGAUUUUACUGAAGAUUACAAGUAGCAUUAUCAGAAUCAUUCUUUGACCAAGACAGUAGUAUUUAAUGAGAACAUAUAUAUACAUUUCACCAUUGUUUUCAAAGGUAAUGCUGUGUAAAACAUAAUUAUAGGAAUAGAAUUAUAGUGCAGAACCUGCAAAUUUGUCUCUUGUUCUAAAAAUCAAUUAAGUAUAUGUUGGAUUUUCUUUCUGUCAUUAAUAAGGUAACUGUGGAACUCUAAUUGCUAUAGAGAUGAAUGCAGCUUCCAUCUAUAUAAUUUUAAUGCAUUUUUUUUGUAUAAAUUUUUCUCUUGGAUUCAUGUAGUGACUUUGUAACUUAUGUAAGUCCAAACUGGAGCAUGAUGUUAAGAUUCUUUGAACUCAAGAGUUGGCUAGUGGGCACAAGGAAGGUUGGAUUUGUGGCAGCAGCUUUGAACUAGCUGGAAACACUGGAAGCUCAGUUAGAAGAGGCAAUGAGAAUGAGGAAGAAUAUACCUUUAUUUUUCGAGAAAUCUCAGCUCUAGGGAAAAGAAGACGUUUUGGCUCUUUGACUGCAGUAGAGGUAAAGAAUAAUAGGUUUGAGUAUAGCUGCUAAGAAGUGGGACGUAAGCAUUUGUUAUCUCCAGUGAAGUUCAAAAUGUCAAACAGAUGAACUCUUGUUCACAAAGCUAAGUCCUAACCCCAUAAAUCUCCUUCAGUAUGGUACAGAUGGCAUCAUAGGGUGCCCUCUCACUUCCCUGCUCUGCCCUUCCCUGGAAGUAGCUACAGUUUAACAGUUUAUUUUGUAUGUUUAAAGAAACUCACAUGUAUGUAUAAGCAUGUUAGUUUUCUGCCACAGAAAGGUGAGAUAAACUGAAAAAGAGGAAAGGCUUAUUGGGCUCACAUUUUAAAAGUUUCAUGCCAUGGCUGGUUGUCCUUGUUGCUCUUGUAUGUGACAGGGAGAGGCGGGGUGGGGGGCAAGAGAAGGGAAGUGUAGGGAGAGCCACAAAGUGUUCUUGAACUUCCCCACCCCAAUAUGACCAUAAAGCUGCCAGCCCAGUCUUCCCUUUUAAAGCCCUGGUUUCUUAAACAUGGUAAAGGUUUUGCUGUCUCCCAAGAGUGUCAUGAGCUGAGGACCACAGCAUGACAUGGGACUUUCCAUGAAUUGUACCCAAGCUGUACAAGAAGUAUAUCCCUGACUCAGGCUGUUUUCUUAAAUAAAGAGAAGGAAAUAGGAGGGUGGGCUGGGUACCAACACAGGCAGUGAUGCCCACACAUGGCAGUGUCGGAAUGAAAUCAUCGUGGACACUGACGCUUUAGGGAAAGAAGUUACACCUUCUCUCUGUCCUGCCGUGACAGGGCAGGGCACUGCAGGGCACUGCAGGAACUGAAUCUGCUCCAAUACUCGGUGCGUGACUAACUCGCUGUGUGCCUUUGUUAUAAGGCUCUGUUUGGUCACAAUGGCAGGUGAAGAAAUGAAUGAAGACUAUCCCGUAGAAAUUCACGAUUCUUUAACAGCUCUGGAGAGCUCCCUGGGGGCGGUGGAUGACAUGCUGAAGACCAUGAUGUCUGUUUCUAGAAAUGAGUUGUUGCAGAAGUUGGACCCACUGGAACAAGCAAAGGUGGAUUUAGUUUCUGCAUAUACAUUAAAUUCAAUGUUUUGGGUUUACUUGGCAACUCAAGGAGUUAAUCCCAAGGAGCAUCCAGUGAAGCAGGAGUUGGAAAGAAUCCGAGUCUACAUGAACAGAGUUAAAGAAAUAACAGACAAGAAGAAGGCUGCCAAGCUGGACAGAGGGGCCGCGUCGAGAUUUGUCAAAAAUGCACUCUGGGAACCCAAACCAAAAAACACACCAAAAGUGGCUAAUAAAGGGAAAAGUAAACACUAAUAAUCUUUUGGUUUUGAUGUACGUGUUUUCAAAAAGUACAUCAUUUUUAUCAGUUUACAGUGUACUUAUGUGACCAUGUGGUGUUUAAAUGGAUUCCUUUUUGAAUUCAUGUAUAAAUUUACACAUUAAAUUUUGUGAUACUGAAUCUUUUUUUUUUGCUGAGAAAGAUUAAGUUGUCGUUAUUGAUUUUCCUAUAAAGCAUCAUGAUGUUUUAAUAUUGAAAGAUAUUCUAUAAGCAAUUGUGAAAUCCAAAUGUUCUUUGUAAACGUUUGUAGUGUUUUAAAUGUAGUGUUAUGAUGAAGUGUGCUGUCUGUAGACUGGAGUUGUUAGAGGACAUCUGUUUUCACAAUGAUGAGAAAUGUAAUGACUUAAAUACCCACUCUGGUUUCUGUUCAGUUAGUUCAACAUGUUUCUGUGAAUUUUUUUUUAGGAGUAAUUGCUGUCUUGAUGUUCACAGUACAAAAUUGAAACCUUCAGGCUGUAUUUUAAUUCUUCAUGUUCCAUUUAAAAUAAAAUAUUCUCAUUCAUUAAUGCUGAUGGAAAAUAGGAUGUAUGUCCUGGUUGGAGUUGGCUUGAUUCCCUUUUAAUAAAUACUGUAGCUGUGUA